GUCAAGUCUUUCCAACGGCGCUAUGAGUGAAACUAGUCCACCUCGGACAUAUUUGUUAAGUCUGCUUCUUUUAUCGUAUGCGAGUCUUAGUUAUGAAUCUUCUGCACAACUUCAAAAUACUGGCUGUUCUGGAGGAGAGUUCAGCGGGGAUAAUACCAACCCAUGCAUCUAUUACCAGUGUGUCCAUGGGGGAAUGGUGCAGAAGCGCUGCGCCCCAGGCACAGGUGUGGUGAGGGGUUUUAGGGGGAGCUCCAACCCAUGUGUCGAGAGAAAUGAUCAGUGCAAGGGCACUACAAAUAGUCAAACCUCUGGUUCACAGAACACAGGUUACGGCAGACAGCAAAAUAACGCUCGUCAAAAUUCUGUAUACCAAAACUCACAGAAUAUGGUGAAUAAUAAUAUGGGCUAUGGACAGUCCAGUGGGAAAUAUCAACAGCGUAGUAAUACCAACCAGAUGGGAUCACAACAAAGCUACUCACAGAAUCGAAUACAGUCACAACGUAAUUCAUACCAGCAGAUGCAACCAAUGCAGCGACAGACACACAGUUACCCUCCGGCUGUUCACAGCCAGCCCCCAAGUCCAGUGCAAAAGCCUUCUUUACCCCCAGCCCCCAUUGUGAUGAAGGUAUAUGUACCCACACCCGUACAUGUUCCAGGUCCGAUUCAAGUUCACCAGAAGACCGUCAAAGUUGCCGUGCCAGUGCCCGUACCUUUCCCGGUGCCCGUUCCUGUACCUGUUCCAGCAACACCUGCACCAGGGACACCUGCUCCGGAUGGACUACCUUUUGGAUUUGUCUUUAUGGCCAUGAACACCCAUAUCUUGGGAGGGACGAGGUUCGGAGCGAUUGGUCAGUACAACAGGACGGAAUGCAUAGAGGCGUGUAGGAUGGAGCCGACAUGCUUAGCCGUGGACUACAACUUGGUGGACAGUAGUUGCUGGUUCCACACACAGGCGACAGCAUGCAACGAUCUUGUGCCUAAAGCGGAUUGCAAACAUUACAAGAAAAUAAACUGUGCUAGUGUUACAGCCGCCCCUAUUACAGCGGCACCCGUAACUCAAGCGCCAGUUCCCACCACUGCAAUACCAACACAGGCCCCAAUAACUCAAGCUCCUAUAACACAGGCUCCCAUAACACAGGCUCCAGUAACACAGGCUCCAGUAACCCAGGCUCCGAUUACCCCCAUGCCUCCAACUGGGAACAGACCGGCACCAGUUGGAAUGUUUAUGCCCGGGAACCUUCCCGGACCUACAAUGAUACCAGCGUCUGCGUUAGCCUACCCUGCAACGCAGAUCAUGAAUGGGGAGUUCAGGUUCGCCGGUAUGACGGUAGAGGCGUGUUUUGAUGCUUGCUAUAAUGAUGUUACUUGUUUGGGCACUGACUGGAACUCUAACGAUGGCAGUUGUUGGAUUCACAGAGAGGACACGAUAUGCCUCGCAUUGGAAGAAAAUAAGGCAGUAUACCAUAUAAAAAAGAUGAUGUGUCCUUCGCCAUAUCCUGCACCCUUAUAACCUUCUUACUGGCCCAUUGAUAUGGAAGGACUAUAUGGUUCGCACCGGGGAUCACGCA